GCCAAUUGAAACACUUCGUUUAUUAUCUCACGUAUUUCUGUCCUCGAAAUGAAACUCCACCCAUCGGAACGCGUUUUCAUGCUAAAUGUUCCAUCUAAAUGUAUAAGUUAAUGUGCUACAACCAUAAAAUUAAUAUUACAACAGUAAAACAACCAACGAAAAUAAUCUUUGAUGUAUUUAUAUUUUACCGCCGAAGUCUUAAAUAUUAUACAUAGAUACCUGUUUAUUUUAUAUAAUGCAUCUAAUCUGAAUUUAAAUAAAAAUCUAAUACCUAUAAUGGUUUUACGAUCAAUAAUAUAAUAGAAUCAAAAAUAAUAUUAUUAUAUUGGAUUUUUAAAUUUUUGUUCAAACAUGAUAACAAUCACGAUUUUUGGAUGUUGUGAAUUUGUGAUAAAAAAUGAAUACGGUCCUAAACUAUUGAUUGUAGAAGUUACAACUUCAAUUUAGUGAUUUAUUUUUUACGUGUAGGUUUAUUUUAUUAUAUUCUACCUAAAUAAUUUACAUUUUUAUUACAAAUCUACAUGUAUCGUGUUUAAGUAACAGUAUUAGUGUGUAGUUUUAACUAUAUUUGUCAAUAGUGAGCAGAGUAAAUAUACAAUUUUUAUUUCUUCAAAUUAUAGGAAGUAUAUUACUUGAGAUACUUAUGGAAGUUUGUAACUUAUACUUUUAUUUUAUUUUAAGUUUUAGUUAGACAAUAUGUACACCAAUCAACAAGUACUAAAGAGAUUGCGAGAUGAAUUUAAUGACAUAGAAUCGAAAAACAUGUGGAACAUUACAUUUCGAGUAAGAAAAUUGUAUUUUGUUGUACAUUAUACCUAUCUCUAAAAAUGUAACUUUCAAUAAUAAAUAAGUUCUAUAUUGAGGUUUAUUUAAGUAUAUGAUAUUAAUAUUUCUUUUUUUUCUUUUUAAAAUAUAACAUUGAAUGUGUGUACCUACCUACAUUUAUUAUACUUUUGCAUAAACAUAAUACAAAAUAUAGUAUUUCCUCUUGUAUUCCCCUAAUAUUCUAUUAUCAGGUAUUAUUAGAUAGUUAUCUAUUUACCAUUGCUAUUUUUAUAGUUACACAAUUUAUUUCAUUAAAUAUGAAAUUUAAAUUGAAAUAGUUAUCUGCAUAAUUCAAAUAAUAAUAAUAAUAAUAUAUUUAAAAUUAAAUACAUAUUGAUAUUUUCAUUUUAUUGGCAUGUAUAUUAUAAUGAAAAUACUUACAUGUGUUUUUGGAGAUCAUAAUUUUCUUUUUUUUAAUUCAUAUCUUAUUUAUGAAAUCAAAACUGAGUGCAUAAUUUAUUUAUUCUAUUUUUUUCAUUUUAACCUAGUAAAAGCUAUAUAUUAUAUUAAGUUUAAGUUAUAUUUACCAAUUGGUUCUUCUACUUAACUGAUGUAGAAAACUGGAUUCUAAUUUAUUUUUUUAUUCACUUUUAAAUGAAAAUUAAUAUUUUUAUUUAAAUAUUUCAAAAAUUGCAAACAUAUAAUACUAUUACUGUUAUUAUUAUCAUAAUAAUUACAUAUUAAUUCAGAUAUUUUUAAUUUAAUAUAUUUUAUAUAGUUUGUUGAAGCAGAAAGUUUGAAAAUUAAAAAACCAUCAGAUGAAGCAAAGAAACCUCAAAAUAAAGCAUUAAAUAGAUAUCAAGAUGUCUCUCCUUAUGAUGAAACUAGAAUUAUUCUUAAAAGAGGAAAAGUAUCGUACAUAAAUGCAAAUCUUGUACAAGUAAUAGCAAUAUUAUUUUAAAUAAAAGUAGGCACAGGAUACAGAAAAUGAGGGUUGGGUAAUGAUUUCAUAUCAUUCACCUUAGUUUAAGCUAGUUUUAUAUUAUCCAUUUUAAUUUUAAAGCAAUAGUAAAAAGUAGUAACAAUAGCGGCAUAAAACAAAUUUAAAUUGUUACAAUUAUUUUUUUUUCUUCGACCAGUUAUAAACAGGACAGUUAUUGAUUUUAUUUCAAAAAUUACUAAGAUUUAUAAAAAGUCAAAUCAAUUUAGGUAAAUGACCUAAAAAAUAUUUUGCUUUUAAAUAAAAUUAUAUUAUUUAAAUAGAUACCUAUAGGACCUAUAGAGAUCCAUUAUUUCAUUAAAACUUAAAUACCUACAAUUGUUUUUGUUUAUUUAUCUAUAAUUUAAAAAUAAUUUUGUUUUAUUUGAUAAUAGGUUGAUGUUUUAUAUUUUACAUUUUAUGUAGGCAUGCAACUGCGAAAGGCAGUAUAUCCUCACUCAAGGACCCUUAGAAAACAGCACUCCACAUUUCUGGCUUAUGGUUUGGGAGCAAAAUACUAAAGCCAUUGUUAUGCUAAAUAAAGUCAUUGAAAAAAAGAAAGUAAGAAACUUAAGUCAUAUUUCAAGUAGUUAAAAACUUGUAAUAAAUAAUUAUUUUUUUUAGCUUAAAUGUCAUCAAUAUUGGCCAAAGAAUAAAAAGGAUAAUGAUAAAUUUAUAUGGAAUGAUGUUGGUUUAUCUGUUGAAUUUGUAUCUAAAAUUAAUCAUGGAUUUUAUGUACAUAUUGUUUUGAAGUAUGAUAUCUUAUUUAAACAUAAUUAUUUUUAAAUUAAUUUUUAUUUUUUUGUAGACUUUGUGAUUUAGAUUCAGGAGAUUCUCGUGAGAUUUACCAUUUCCAUUAUACUGAUUGGCCAGAUUUUGGUGUACCUAAAACUCCUACACCUUUCUUACGAUUUCUUAGAGAUAUCAGACGUAGUGGUAGUCUUGAUCCAUCUCAUGGACCAGCUGUUGUUCAUUGUUCUGCUGGAAUAGGACGUUCAGGAACAUUUUGUUUAAUAGAUUCCUGUCUCAUAAAGGUGAACAAAUUAAUUAAGAAAUAUAAUUGAAAUAUAGUCCACUAAUAUUAUAAUGUAUUAUUUAUAAUAUCAUGACACAUUCAUUAUUUAUCUAUUUAAGAUGAAUUCAUCAGAAGGUUUAAAUUAUGUUCACAUACGCACUUUAUUAGUGGAAAUGAGAAGAUGCCGUUUAGGACUUGUUCAGGCACCUGAACAGUUAAGAUUUGUUUACCAAAGUGUCAUUGAAGCUUUAGAUUCAAAUUGGGAGGCUGAAAAUGAGGUAUAAUUAUUUAUUUAUGUUUUAAAUUAAUUAAAAAAAAAAAUUUAUUUUUAAUUAAAUUUGACUUUUAAAAACUCAAUAUUAAAAUCUCUAUUUUACAAUAUAAUAUUCUUUAUAGUUUUCAUAUAAUCAUGUUACACAUUUAUUUUUAAUAUUAAAAUUUUAAUUAUUAUUACUAUGGUAAUUAAAAAAUUUAUACAGACUGAUUAUUUUUUUAUCAUGAAUUAGCAAUUAUCUCAGGAUUUUAAGUGAAUUUGAUUUCUGUUUUUUCUAAUCAUUAUGGAAUCGUUAAAAACUUCAUUUUAAAUUUUUUACCUCUACUCUAUAUACCUUAAAUAAGUGCAUAUUUCUGAUUUUCUAGUAGGACUACCCCCCCUCCCAUUUGAACACAGAUGCUUUGAAUUGAGAAUAUUUUGUUAAAAAUGUUAAUAUGCAUAACACUAAUGUCAGAUUUACUGUUAAUAAAUUAUAAAAGUUUAGACCGAAGGAUUAGAGAAGAGUCAAAGAUAGGCAAUUUAUAACCUUUGUUUAACUCCUCCAAUCUAAACUUUAAACUGUUAUAACUCAUAAACGGUAAAUCUGAUAUUAGUGUUAUGCAAAUCAAAAUGUUUAGAAAAAUAUUCUCUAUUCAAAUCUAUGUUCAAAAGGGGGGGGGAGGAGGGUUCCUAUUUGAAAAUCAAAAAUAUGCACUUAUUUAAGAUAUAUGGAGUAGGAGUAAAUAAUUAAAAAUGGUUUUAAAAUAAAGCCUAAACAAUUCCAUAAUGAUUAGAAAAAACAGAAAUCAAAUUCACUUGAAGUCCGCUGAGGUAAUUGCUGGUUCAUGAUAAAAAAAAUCGCCCUGUUUAUAGAAAUAAAAAAUAAAUAAAUAAAAGAUUGCGGCACCUGAAGUAUUGUUACGUUUUACAUUUUGACUGUGAUACACUUGAUGAAGAAUUUUUUAACGCACUUAUCGAACAACUACUUCAUUAAUUUAUAUAUUUAUAACCAUUUUAAUAAUUUUGUUUUUAUUUUAUUAUUUAGUUCUAUAUUAAUUAUUUUAAAAUUUAGUCAAAUGGUAUUUUUGUUCUAGGAUGAUUUACCUAGUUUAGAUGGAGCAUUAUUAAAUAAUGAAGGCGAGUCAGACUAUGAAAGUAGUGAUAGUGAAGUUAGCAGUGAAGCACCUCCAUUACCACCUCCACGCAUGGAGUCCUUAAGGCAACAUAAUGAAGACAAUGAAGAAGAUGAAGAAUCUUUAGUGUCAGAAUCUGAUAGUGAUGAAAAUGAAUCAACCCCUCCUCCAUUACCACCUCCAAGAGACCUUGAUCUAUCUAAAUCUAAAGAGUAUGUAUCUUACAUUAUUUUAGUGAAAUGACUUAUUAUUGAAUUGAAAUUUGUAUUUAUUUGUUCUAGGCAUAUGGAUAUAAAAAGUACCAAAGAUGAGCAUAAUAAGAGUAAAGUUGAAGAAGAAGCAGAAAAAACAAAAAUCAUGGCAGAAAAGUUAAAAUUAAUGAAAAGAAAACAAAAAGAACAAGAAAGAUGGGAACAAAUCAAAAGGUCAUGGUUAUAUCAAUUGAAAAAUAUAGGAAUUGGAGUUUUAGCUCUAAGUGGUGGUGUUAUGAUUGUCGCCUAUUUGAUGAAUUAUAAAAAAUAAUUUUUUUUAAAUUAAAAUCUUUAAACUCAACUUUACAAUUUACAAUGACAUUAAAAUACAUGAAAAAUAUUUGUUUACAUUUAAUUUUUAAUAAAAAUGAUUUUAUUCUAAAUAUAAAAAAAUAUUUAUCAAAAUGAAUAGUUGAAUACAUAUUACUAUUACCUUUGUUUAUACAAUGUACAGCUCUUGCAAUACUAUGAAUUAUAAGAGUAGUUGAGAUACAGUGAUGGGAGUAUUUCAGUCAUAGAUGAGUGACAGCAAUGCACUUUUCACCUAUCUAUGAUGGAGGUAUCACCACCACUGCACCUCAACUAUAUCAGUAUAAAGCAUAAUCAAUGCUAUACUAUUUGAAUAUUUGAGACUGAAAGUAAACAAUAUACAUUAUUAAAAAAUUAAACUAAAUAAAACUAAACUUGUAUUAAUUGUAAGAAUCAACUAAAGUUUUAAUUUAUUUUGUGUAUUUAACAAAACUCAAUUAAAACUAUAUUUGAUUUUUUUUUUUCAAAAACAUUAAAGGUAUCAUUGUAGAUUGUAAAUUUCAAGUUUUACAAACAAUUGUAAAUAUGUUUAAAUAGUAUAAAUCAUACCAUUUUAAUUUAAUUUAGUUAUUAACUUCUGUAAGUAAAUAAAACUAUUUAUAUUUUCUUUAUAUUUCUUAGUGAAAUGAUCAUAAUGAUAAAGUGUGUAAACUUAAUAAUAUUGAGUUAAACUAAUUUGAAUUAAAUUGAAUACAGAUAAUAUCUAACAUCAAAUUUAAUUUACAAAUUAUCAUUUGUAGGAAUAAAAACAAAAAAUAUUUUAAAAAAUAAUGUGUAUGUAAUUUAACUUUUUAAAUUCAAAUUCGGACAGAUAAAGACGAACUUAUACAUAUAUAUAAGUUAUAUUUUCUCCUAAUUAACUAUUUAUUUUCAUUCAGUGUUGUUUUGGGAUUAUAAAUUGAAAUUGUGUUAAGUAAUAUUAUUUAUUUAUAAUUUGUUUUAUUAAAUUUUAAUGUUCAAAAUAAACUAAUUGUAUAAUACUAUAAUUAUUGAUUAUUAAGAAUCGACUAAUUAUCUGAACAUGUAAAAAACAAUUUUAAUGUGAAUAUAAAAAACGAGAUUAAUAUUAAUUUAAUUCAUAAUAAUAAUUUUACAUAUUUUAUAAAAUGUAAAAUUGUAUAGUUCUUAUUGCUUAUAUUUAAACAGUGUAAAUAAUAAUAAUUAGAUAUCGGAAAUUUAGUAUAUUCAUAUUUUUAUUAAGAAUUAUACAAUUCCUUAAUUAUAUUUUAAAUAAUAUAAAAUAUAGAUUAUUAAUUCAAUAAUUUUUAUUCUGUUAGAAUACAAAAUUAUUAAAUGCUUCUAUUUUUUUUAUUAUAUUUUAAUCACAUUUAUGUUCAUUAUUGUUAUAUUAUAAUUAUUCUACUUAUGUAGUGUUAAUCUUUUUGUGGUAAAUGUUUGCUCAUACCAUGACUGUUUUAUUACAUUCACAUUCAAAUAAUUAAAUUUUGACAGUACAGAAUUAUUUAUUUAGAAUUAAUUUAUGUUAUUCAUUUUUCUAUUAUUUAAUUAAUAAUUAAUAAAUAUAUUUGAAUACAAUUUUAAUAUUAGAAAAUGUUUUGUUUUACAUUUCUAGGCAUUGCAAUGAUGGAAAACAAAGUAAAAAAAAAUGAAAUGGAGUCAUUUUCUUUAUGUUUCGUGAAUAAUAUUUUAUUAUAAUUUGUUUAAAUUAUAUAUUUUUAAGAAUAAUAACAAAAAAAAAUUGUUUUAAAUUUUUUUAUGGUCAAAGAAACAAGUUAAUUUUGUUUUAAUUUUGAAUAUGAUUUACAUAAUAGAAUAAAAAUGUUAACAAAUAUAAUGAAUAUAAGAGUUUAUAAUUCUUAAAUAACUAAUCUUGCUAAAGUUUAAAUAAUUUCAGAAAAUAUGUUGAUGAGUUUUGUUGCCAUAGUAUUAAUAUAAAUUGAACCUCGAUUGGAUUAAAUAGUAUUGUUUAUUGCUAGACUAACCAACUAAUUAAACUACUGUGGU